UAAAUUUCUUAAAUUUCAGCUAUAUGUACAGUUUUUAAAUCAAUUAAUUCAUCACUGAACUUAACCACAUUAUCGUAGUGGUAUUGGCAUCAUAAAAUUAGUGUCACAUAAAUUAGGUCUUAUUUCGUCUGAAAAAUAAGGACAAUGUUCAAAAAAUUUAAAGAUAAACUUGCAGAAGAAGUUAAAUCAUCUCCCCAAAGAAUUCAACAAUUUGCCCAAGCUGCUCAGGCAGCAGUUACCUCUGCAUCUAGCAGCAUAUCAGAUAUUACCAACAAUGAUUUGUUCUCAAUAGGGGAUAAUGAUAUACCAAAUAAGAAUCAGACAAAUCCAAACAAUAAGGAUAAUAUUGUGAUGCAAAACUCUGCUCUAGCCAUGCAAGGUAGCUCAGAUUUAGCUGAUUUUACAGUAAAUUAUGAGGAUAAACAUAGACAGCGGCGACUAUCAAAUAGUUCAUUUGCUAGCGACAUAUCAUUUCGACUGCCUAACUAUGAAAGCCCAUCAAUGUAUCAUUUGCAGUCAGAUAUGGAAGUAUCAGCAAGUGAAGCAGAAGAGAAAGGUUUUACCACUGGAAAUGUAAAUCUUGACCGAGUGACUAAGGAACAACUAUAUGCUGCAUACAGAAGGACACAGGAUAGGUGUAAAAAAUAUAAAACCCAAUAUUCAGAUUUAGCUCGGCAUUAUAAACUCCUGGAAAGGGAAAAUGCUAAAGCAAGGAAUGUGUUAGUUGAAACUCAGGAUAAAGCUCUCAGAAGAAUAUCAGAAUUAAAAGAACAGUGUUCAUUAGAACAGAGUGCAAAAGCACAUCUUGAAAAAGCUCUUCGUGUUGAUAUUGAAGAAAAGCAAAUGAAAAUUGAUGCUUUAAGUACUCAGCUCAAUCUCUUGCAAAGCAAUAAUAUCCCAGAAAAUAAAGAAAACGCAACAGAAAAUUCUCACAUGCCAUUAAUUAAUUUGAAUGAAGAAAAUGAAUGUAAAGAUAAAAUAAAGGAGGAAGAAGAAGUCUCUGUCAUAAAUAAUAAAAUUGAAAAGCUAGAGCAACUGUUAGCCAAGUAUAAAGAUUCUUUAAAAACUGUUAAGGAAAAGAAUUCUAAUAUGACAGCUGAAAUUCAGAAAUUAACAUUAGAUUUAGAAGCAAAAUCGAAAGAAAAUAUUCAGCUACAGAUAAAUAUAGAAAAAAUGUCAGAGAGCAAAAAACAAGUCCAAGAACUAUUAGAAAAAAUAGAAAGCUUAGAAAACAUAAAUAACACCCUUGAAUUUUCAAAGAAUAAAGAAAAAUCGAUUUUGGAAGCAAAUUUACAAAACGCUAAAGAGGAAAUAUCACAAUUACAAAAAAAGGUGCAAAUCUUAAGUAAAAGAGAAGAAGAAUAUGCUAUUUCCCUUGCAGAAAAUAAAUUGAGUAUCCAUAAAGAACUUGAGAGUAAAGAAGCAGAAAUUAAGUCACUCAAAGACAGUUUAGCUAAUAGUCAAAAUGAAAUCAAGUCUUUAAACAAAUCAGUAAAAGACUAUCAAAAUGAGAUUGUCAAGUUGGAAGGGGAACACUCAAAAUUGACAAAUGACCUGCACAAUCUAAAUGUAGCAAUAACUAAAUCGGAAGAAUUAAAUAAAGAUAUAGAAAAGUUGAAUGAUAAAGUAAAAUUACUGGAAGGUCUCAAAACAAAAUCUGAAGAAGAUAUUAACUGUCUCCAUUUGCAAUUAAAACAAGAGACAGCUGAAAAAUUGUCAGUAAUUGAUAGAAAUGUUUAUUUAGAAAGUCGUAACUCACAGUUAACUGAAGACAAUGAGAAAAAGAGAUCCCAAAUUAACAAGCUUGAAAAUGAAAAUGUUUCCCUUAAACAACAUUUGGAGGAUGUAAAGAAGUCAUUAGAACAACAUAAUCAAGAUGAUUUGGAAUCCCAUCAACUAAGGCUAACAGAGGAGGUGACUGCCUGGAAACUAAAGUGUAGCAGUUUGGAAUCAGAAAUACAAGAGGAGAGGGUUGAAUUAGUCAAAUUACAAUCAGAAAUUGAAAAAUUAUUGAAUAAUCAUGAAUCAUUACAAAAUCAAAAUAUUCAACUUAAUAAAUCACUUGAUCAUUUUAAAGCCGAAAAUGUAACAUUACUCCAAAAAGUAGACAAAUAUCAGAAGAUACACUACAAGUUAAAAGAUUUAAAAAAGGAGCUAUUGGAUAUUCAAAAUAUAGUUGUACUUACUUCUACUGAGUCAAAACUGCUCACUAAAAAAGUUUUGACAGAAUGGAUACCUCAAAUAAAAGAAAAUAUAAAUUUUGAUGCAUUCCAACAAGAUACCAAUAAAAUACAACAGAGCAAUACACAAUUAAAAGAAGAGAUUGCAAAAAUUACCAAUGAUUAUAAAUUGCUUAAGGAUAAUGCUAAUUUACUUCAAAAAGAUAGUUUAUCUUUGAAAGAGGCUUUAGAGAGCCGUGUUUCAGAAUGCACAGUUCUCUCUGAAAAAAUACAGAAUAUGCAAAUGGAACAUGAUGAAUAUGUUGUGGGAUUGAAAAAUAAAUUAAAAUCUAUAGAAGAACACAAUGUUAGUUUGGAAACUAAAGUCAAAAUAUUAGAAGCCACUAUUAUUGCGCUCCGUGAAGAAUUAGAUACUGUUAAAAAUGAAAAUCAAAGCAAACAAAAGAAGAUUGACUCUUUAUUGGCAGAAAAUAAUGAAGUUACAAAAAUUAGAAACGAAAAUUCAGGGAAACAAGAUUAUAUUUAUGAGUUGGAAAGCAAGUUACAGAUUAUUGAACAACAAAAUGGUAAUUUAAAACGAUUACAAGAAGAAUUAGAUAAAAAGAACACAUCAUUGGAGUCUCAGCUGAGUGAAAAACUUACAACACACCAUGAAACAGAGGAUAAUUUAAAAAUGUUAGAAAAAGAAAACAAGGAAUUAAAAUUGUCCAUUGCUGAAAUUGAAAAUAAUUCUAAAAAUGUUGAAUCCAAAUUAGUCGAGCUACACAAAUGUCAAAGUGUAUUAGAAAGUGAUAUUAAUAAAUUGAAACAGGAAAAUAAUGAAUUAAUUUCUUCUAAAGCAGAUAUGGAAGAAAAGCACAAAAACAUGUUAGAUCAAGUUCAAAACAAAAAUUUAGAAAUGGACAAAAAUGUACAGACACUAAAUCAGAAUUAUCAAGAGUUGAAAACGAUACAUGCAGAGACUGAAAACAAAUAUAUGAUGGCUGAAAAUGAAUUACAUGAACUGCAAAAUGUGCAUAGUGAAAUCAAAAAACAAAAAGAAAAUUUAGAGGAAACUGUUUUAAAAUUGGAAAAUGAAGUAUCUAAUCAAAUUCAACAAAUAAAAGAUCUAAAUGAGGAUAUUAAGUUGCACAAUAGUAAAACAUGUGAAUGUGACUUCCUCAAAGAUGAAAAUAGACGGUUGUGUUCAGAUAUUGAAGGCUUACAAACAUACUUAAGUAAGAUUUCGAAGGAGAAUAGUGACUUGAAUGACAAAAUGAGAGAAUUGAUUGCAUCAAGUGACAAUCUGCCAGAUGGGAAUGAGGAACUUAAAAACGAAAUACAACUUGGUAAAGAGAAGAUUGAAGAUUUGUUACGGGAAAAUUCCUUAUUAAUUGAAGAAAACUUAGAAUUAAAAGAUCAAAUACAAUCACAAAAUAACAGUACUACCAACGUUCAAUCAAUUCAGAAAAGGAGCACAAAUGAUAAUCAUAGUGAAUUGAAAGAUAUUCAUGAAAAGUAUUAUAGUUUACUAGAAAACAAAAGUCAGCUAGAAUUAAAGGUCAAUGAACUAGAGCAAAUGAAUAACUCAUUAAAUAAAAAUGUUGAUCAUACACAAAACAAUUAUGAAAGACUUAAAUUGUCAAAUGAGAAACUGCAACGAAAACUUGAUGAAGCGCUUGUUAGUUUAAGGCAUCUGCAUGCUCUUGAAGAAAACACCGAGUUGGAGUACUUAAGGAACAUACUUUACGAAUACCUUACAGGGUCAGGGACUCACUCUUUAACAUUAGCGAAAGUUUUGGCAGCUGUCGUUAAAUUCGAUGAUAGACAAACUGAACAGAUACUUCAAAAAGAAAAAGAACGCCAAGGAUUCCUUCAUCAACUAGGAAUCAUUUGAUACGAGGAAAUAUAGAAAUAUUUGUUAAUAUGUAAAUACCAUAACUAUAAUUAUAAUCCAUACUAAAAUUAUAAAUGCGAAAGUAACUCUGUCUGUCUGUCUGUUACUCAAUC